CUCUCGUACCAUUCAUUCAUUCAUUAUAGUUGAGACUUGAGAGACUCUCGCAUGCAUCUUUCUUUCUCUCUUAAUCUCCACUAUUUGUCAAUAUCUGAGGAUUCUGAGCUUUAAAAAAACGAUCAGUGUCCAAUCUCUUAUCGUCUUCAAAAGCUUCUAAUUAUUUCAUUCUCAGUUUUCUCUCUUAAAUCUCAUAGACAAUCUUCUUUUGCAUCUCUCCCCCUCUGUGCAAUGAAGAAAAUUGUAUUAAAGUUGGAUCUGCAUGAUGAUAAGGCAAAACAUAAGGCCCUUAAAACAGUUUCUACUCUCCCAGGAAUCGAUUCGAUUACAAUGGAUAUGAAGGAGAAGAAACUAACUGUGAUCGGAAGCGUGGAUCCGGUAAAUGUAGUAAGUAAGCUAAGAAAGUAUUGGCCGAUGACAGAUAUCUUACUAGUUGGACCUGCAAAAGAGCCGGAAAAGGAGAAGAAGGAAGAGCCAAAGAAGGAAGGUGGUGGCGAGCCGCCGAAGAAAGAAGGGGAAGCUCCAAAGGAAGAAGGGAAAAAGGAAGGAGAAGCGCCAAAGAAGGAAGAGGAGAAGAAAGAAGGCGGCGAUAAGAAGGAAGGAGAGAAGAAAGAUCAACCACAACCACAACCGCAGCCUCAGCCUCAGCCUCAGCCUCAGCCUCAGCCUCAGCCACAGCCACAACCUCCACCACCGGAUCAUGUGUUGGAGCUUGUAAAGGCGUACAAAGCAUACAAUCCUCAUCUAACAACGUAUUACUACGCCCCAAGCAUGGAAGAGAACCCUAACGCUUGCGUUAUAUGUUGAAAAAAACAUGUAUGAUAAUAUAAGUGUAAAAUUGCGAAAGAGAUGGACAGAUCUAUAAUGAGGAAGAAGAAUAAGAACCAGAGCAGCAUAUAUCUUAGUCGUCUAAGAUAUAUCAUUCGGAUUGGAUCGGAUAUGUUUAUUUUUCCUGAUAAUGAGGGGAAAGUUUAUUUCCUUAAACCGAUUUCGAUGAUAUGUUUUGUGUCUAUCGUCAUCCAGAUAAUACUAGGAUUUCUAUUUGUUUGUUUGAAAGUUGAAGGGAGCUUUUUGUACAUUGGAUGGUGUAAACUAUAUAUGCGUUAGUAAUUUUAUUCUUCCUAUAACU